UUCCCCAUACUUACAUAUGGGGAAUGCUGCUGGAGUGGCAAUCCUUGGCCGAAUAUAAAUCCGGGUCGUUUCGGUAACGUAGAACCGCCGUGGAAACUAACGAAAAAGGUCGAGAUUUUUGUUUCCUGCCAACGAAAGUGACAUCAAUAAAACCGGUUUUUUAAGCGAGACUAACCUAUUUUCUCUUUUGUUUGUUCACAGAAAAUUGAAGGAUGAAAUGUGCUCAAGCUCUACAAAAAGUAAAUGAUCAGAUGUACCUGCCUAUAAUUGUAGAUAUACCUGUAUAUUUGAGCCGAAAACUGUCCCAGUUGCACAAGGAAAACACCUCGCCACAGGGAGUUAUAAUACAAAAGACAUGCCAGCGAUCUAUUCUCAAUACACACGCCGUCAAGCGGCUGAACACUCGCAACGCUUCGACGCCAAUAACAGCACCACCAGAAUCUUCGCCUGUGUUGGCGUCAGUUCUGGUGCCACAUCCGCGCACCGACCUAACCUCAAAGCGGAGUGUAAACCGCAAAAAUAUGUCCAUGUCGGAUGUUUCCGAUAUGCUUAUUCAGUUACGUAAAGCUAAUGUAGCAAAUGCACCAAAGAAUCAACAGGCAGUUGCCAGUAAGAAUAGACAAACUUCGCCGUCUCCUGCUGAGAGUUAUGAGUCAAGCAUCGCGGCCAUUGCAACCAAAUGCGUCGCUACAGUUACUGAGUCAAAAAACUUGCGACGUGAUGAAAUGGUGGCAAUCCCAAUAGAACAGGAAAGGCCGACUAUUGCACCUAAGCCAAUUGGCGAGGGCGCAACUGCCGCCGAAAAUGCAUCAUUUCAUCAACCCACUGAAUAUACAAGCGUAAAUAAAAGUACUGACCCGGGCAAGAGUUUGAUGGACAAUAUCAAAGCAUUACCAACACUUAGGUCGAUCCCCACACCUGUAGUGGUUGCACCAAACUCCUCACAAAUUGACGUUAAACCACUAAUACAUCCCUCAACUGGUUUAGUAAUUCCUACAGGGCCCAGCCCAGAUAUCAGUAUAGGUUCUUCAGUAAUUAAGGAGGUUGCUAAGAUUGUCAAUGUCCCUGUUCCGUCUUUAAUACCAUUGAGUACGGCUAUUGACAAUACAAAGCUUAUUCCUGGCCAAAAUAAUAUCGCUACUGCAGGUGUAAUUUCAUCCAAUGUCGAUGUCUUGCCGCACGCGGCAGCCAUUGCCGCGGCCUUCUUACGCGAUGGAUACAAUAAUUUUCAACAACAACUACGCACACAAGAAUUAUUAAAGGUAAAGGAACAUUCAGACAACGAUAGCGUCAAUGCAAGCGACAUCAAUACGGCAGCAAACACUUAUUCGUCAAAACUACUGGAAAACUUUUUGCGGCAACGACGCUUUAAAUCCGAAAGUGCGCUAGAUAAUACCGCUGAUGUGGAUGCAACCGAUGGUGAUGACGAAGAUAACGGUUUCGAUGAUAUACAUUUAGUUGAAAACUCAAAAGCCAAUUACAAUUGUUCCGCAUCAAACAUUUUUAAUCCCAAUGGCGCAUCUUCCUCCUCGCCGAGAAUGAUUGCAUCGAAUACGGAUUACAUGUCCGACGACUCGCAAAAAUUCUUAUUUGCAGCACAAGCACACGCACAAGCACAAGCUUUACGCAAUUUAGAGUAUUCACUUAGUGACGCAAGUCACAACUCUUUUGGGAUGCUAGGCAAUGAUACCAAUAGUCCAAGUAAUGCCAAUGAAGGCCCAGAGGCUAUUUACGAGUGCCGCCAUUGCAGUAAAAAAUACCGCUGGAAGUCUACACUUCGUCGCCAUGAGAAUGUCGAGUGUGGCGGCAAGGAACCCUCACAUCAAUGCCCAUAUUGCCCUUAUAAGUCCAAACAGCGUGGCAAUUUGGGUGUACACGUUCGAAAGCAUCAUUCAGACAUGCCGCAAUUGGCUAGUAAACGACGCUCGAAAUACUCAAAUAAAAUAGAUUGUAGCAAUAACAGUGCAAAUGCUUCCGAUGACUCUUCCAGUAAAUUAGUAAUUGAUUGCUCCAAAUAAUUGACACAACUGGCUAAUCAGCCUAGUUCGAAGUUACUUACAAACGAGAUUAAAUACAUACCUGCAAACGCGUUUUCGUAGCAAUUUGUUUAAAGUUUACUUCUGAAUACGUAUAAUGCAUUUUUAAUCAAGUAUAUGUUUUUUCUAUAUAAUUAUAACCUUUACAUUUAGAUCGACUGAACUGAUAUUAUAUACAUACUUACACACAUACAUAUUGUAUUUAUAAUUACAUUAUCAUAUGCAUAAUUGCGCUCUAACAAUAUGGCGCCCAAUCCCAAUGAGAACCAAUUCGACUCUAAAUGAGGUUUAUGUCUUUAGACGUUGUCCUUUUUAUGUUGCUGCUAACUUAGUGGAAGGGUUUUAGUUUGGCCGUAAUUAUAUGCCGAUAAUAACUCUGUGCCUUUACUUUAAGUUUUGUUUACGUCCAUAUCAAAAUAAUAUUCACAUUGCCAACAUGAUAGAUAUUAAGAAAAAAUUACCGUUAAGAAAAGAUCACAAAAAAUGUAAUUUACAUUUGAAAAGUCAUAAUGGGUAUAGUAUCCAUCAAAUGAUUUAUGAGCUGAUUACUGAAUUGGGUGAAGCGUUAUUCUCGGUUGAAAAUAAUAUAUGUAGUAGCAUAAUUAAUUAAUUUUAAGGACAUAACGGCAAGAUAUUGUGUGAAGACUGGUUGAUUUACUGUUGGAGUUUUUUAUUACCAAGUGGGAAAAAUUUAAUUGAGUUGAUUAUUAUCGUGUUUAUGUUAAAGCCCACGGCACAGGGUAGUCACUUUGCUUUAAAAAACAAUCACACAGAGAGUGAACACACAAAUGGCUCACUGUAGCUGGAAAACCAAAACAAA